UGAAAUCCUAGUGACAAAUGUGCUUCAAAUGAAUUUAUGACAUUCGGAUCACAGACAUUUUUUUUUCAUUUAAUUAAACUAUAUAAUAAUGUGCAAUAUUGUGAUGUACGAUUUAGGAUGUGGUGAAGCUUGUUUAAAAAUAAAUGUACUUUAAUUAUCCAGAUCUCUUCAUAAAAUUAUAGAGAAUUAUUAAUUAGGCCAUUCAUAUACGUACAUACAUCAAAAUUAUCAAUAAUUUCUUUUUUUUUAAGUAAUGAACACGCUACCUUAAUUAUUGGUUGAAUAUUGUACUAUAAAAGAAAAAGAAAACUAUAGUUAUUAAAUUUAUAUAUAUGAAAAAGUCAUUGUAAAGGAAUUUUUAAAGCUACGAGAUAAGGGAUUUAUGAGUCAGCCAUUCAGUUGUGUCACGGUUAAGUACAGAACAUAUCUGACGACUUCUUAAAAAUUACUUCAUUUUGAUUUCGAAAAAAUUAUUUUAUACAAGACAUUUACAAAAAAAUAACGGCUUAUUAACUUACCAGUGUUGCUUGCAGAAAAAUGUCUAAUGUUAGUAAUUUGGAACAACAAAUCGCAAAUUUGCAAAUUAAUCAUGGAGAUGGUAUUAAAACCAUUAAAUCUGGAAAGAAAGUUGGUCCAGCUGUACCUCCAAAACCAAAAAAAUCUCAGCCACAGGUCAGUAUAUUAUGUAAAUAUAAUUUUAUUAUUAACAUUAUCAUGUUUUUUUUCAUGACUGUUCCAUCAUUGUAAUAUGGAAAUAUUAAUGGUACCACAAAGUUAUACUAUAAAGGCUGCAUCUGUACCAUCAUAUAGUACAGUACUUAAUAAUUCUGGACAAAAUGAAAAACCAUCAAAUUUAUAUGUAAAUUCUCCUUCACCAUACGUGCUAUUAAAUAUGGAAAAAAAUGAUUUUUCAUCUACUACAAAUGGAAAAGAUAUUUCCAAAAAUUAUCAGAAUAACGAAAAUUUCUAUAUUCAUCAAUCAGAUGAAAAAUUUGAGCCAAAAUAUGGAUAUGAUGAAAAAAAUCAUUAUUCAAAUAUUAACAAUAUGCCAGCUCCUCAAGUACCAAUUGAAGAUCAUUCAAGAUCAACAAGAAACAUUGUUUAUAGCAAUAUAGAUCCUCCAAUAUCUAUACCAAUUAAUAAAACAACUAAAACUGAAAAAGACAUAAUUUAUAGCAAUAUUCAAUGGAAUUCUAAACCAGAAAACACAUAUUGUAAUAUUUCUUCUGCACAUAAUAAUGUUAUAGAUGAUUUACCACCACCACCAGAACCUUCCGAAUAUGUUCCAUGUGUACCAGGUAGUUCUUUUCCACCACCACCAGAAGAAUUACCACCUCCACCAAGUCCUGUAUCAUCUAGUUAUAGUGAAUUAAGACGUGCUACUUAUCAAACUGAUUUUCCAUCUGAUAAUUAUCCAAAUGAUAUUUAUGGUCCAAGUUCACAAUCCAGUUCUACAUAUGAAUCUAUAUAUGAACCAAUUAAUCCUAGACCACCAUCACAAUUAUCUUGUAAUUAUUCUAUGUAUUCUGGUUAUGGAUCUGCUACAUCUACUCAACCUCAAGGAAAAGUAUCUCCCGUUAAAGAAGUGGAUGUUCUUACUGAUCUAUUGGUUCAAGGAAUGGAAGAUAAUGCUGAAGAUAAUGAUAUAUAUGGAAUUUGUGCACAAUGUGGUCGUAAAGUUGAAGGCGAAGGUACUGGUUGUUCUGCGAUGGAUAAAGUGUUUCAUAUUGAUUGUUUCUGUUGUUAUGUUUGUAAAGUUAAUCUACAGGGUAAACCUUUUUAUUCACUUGAGAACAAACCUUAUUGCGAAGAAGAUUACUUAAAUACUUUAGAAAAAUGUUGUGUUUGCACAAGACCAAUACUUGAUAGAAUAUUAAGAGCCACUGGAAAACCUUAUCAUCCAUCCUGUUUUACAUGUGUAGUUUGUGGACAAAGUUUGGAUGGCAUACCAUUUACAGUAGAUGCUACAAAUCAAAUUCAUUGUAUACAAUGUUUCCACAAAAAAUUUGCACCUCGUUGUUGCGUUUGUAAAUUACCAAUUAUGCCAGAACCAGGUCAAGAUGAAACUGUACGUGUUGUAGCACUAGAUCGCAGUUUUCAUAUUCAGUGCUAUAAAUGUGAAGAUUGUGGAUUGAUUUUAUCUUCUGAUUCUGAAGGACGCGGCUGCUAUCCUUUGGAUGAUCAUGUAUUAUGCAAAAGCUGUAAUGCUACUCGUGUACAAGCAUUAACAUCACAUAUGACAACUGAAUUAUAAAUGGCAUAAAUAUAAUAAUUGCAAUUAUAUAUUAAAUUGUCAAAUUUAAAGUUGCUGUUUUAUGAAUUUUUAAUAUUUAGAAAUAAGAUAAUGUUUAUAAAUAUUUAUAAAUAUUUGACAUAUGUUCUUAAAAUAUUUUUUAAUCAAAAUGAUUUUAAUAAUUAAAUAUGAGCAAUCUUCUCAUUAUUUAAUUACACCAAAUAUAUAUUCAUAAUAUUUGUAUACUUUUUUUAAAGAAUUAUAUUUUGAAAUUGAUACAUUUAUACGUACAUUAAAAUCAUGAUUGAAACAAAUUUGAAAGAAUUUUAAAAUUCAAAUAAUAUUACUGCCUUUACACUGCCAUGUUGCAAGAGAAAGAAUUUUGAAAAAUUAAUUAUAAAUAUUUAACCAAAAAAAUUUUAAUAUAUAAGAUCUAUUCAAAAUUAAUUUCUUGUAAUAUGAUGUUUAAUGUGAUUAGAAUAUCAUAUGUAAUAUGUAAUAUUAAAACAAAAUAUUCUAUUCUUAUCGUUAAGAACUAGAUAAGAACUCGUUAAGAAUUAGAUUUAUAUGAUAUAACUAUGAUUAUCCAUACAAUGUCAAUAAUAUAAAGUAGAAAUUUUGUAAUUUAUAUGCUUCUUUCUAUUGAUCUAAAAUGAUUAUUCCCAUAUAUUAAAUCAAUAACAUAUUUAGAUUUACGUUUUAUGGUAAAUCGUGUGAUAGGAUAGAAUUAAUACAAUGUAUUAAUGCAAAUAUUUUAAAUUAUAUUAUCUACUUAGCAAGUGAAAAGAUUAAAUAUAUUUAGACUUAAUUACAAAAUGUAUUAUUGGAACAAAUAUUGAAUAAAACACUAAAUAUAUUUAAAAAUAA